AGUUUGUAAUGGUGGAAGUGGAAGUGGUAGGCAGAAUUUUCGUUUCGGGGCAUUGACGUCGUUAUUCUAGUUAUUUUAUGAAACUUGAGUAGUGUCGCUUAAUUAUGGUAUUCAUGCGGUUAACCAAAUAAGGGAUAAUAUUGUUUCUGGAAAAGCGUAUACUCGUAUAAUCGCGACGUGAUAUUUGACAGAUAGUACAAUGGCUGCAACCAGGAGACUUCAAAAGGAAUUAAAUGAUAUAAGACAAUCGGGAUUAAAAUCGUUCAGGGACAUCCAGGUAGAUGAAUCAAAUAUCCUGACAUGGCAAGGAUUAAUUGUACCAGAUAACCCACCUUACAACAAAGGUGCUUUCCGGAUUGAGAUUAACUUCCCUGCUGAAUACCCGUUCAAGCCACCCAAGAUUAGCUUCAAGACAAAAAUCUACCACCCCAACAUAGAUGAGAAAGGCCAGGUCUGUCUGCCAAUCAUCAGCGCUGAAAACUGGAAGCCAGCCACCAAGACUGAUCAAGUUAUCCAAGCCUUAGUUGCUCUUGUCAAUGAUCCCGAACCAGAGCACCCGCUGCGCGCAGAACUUGCCGAAGAAUUCCUCAAAGACAGAAAGAAGUUUACAAAAAAUGCAGAGGAGUCUACUAAGAAACAUAGCGAGAAGCGGCCUUCGGACUAAAGUUCAUUGAUUAGUCGGUUGUAGCAUGGAUUAACAGCAGUGGACAAGUCAUAUUGCUAUUUACUGAUUUACCUCCCAUUUAUUUAUAUUAUUUACUAAGUUUUCCUGUCCCUGUUAUGUUACCCUGAGAACUUGCAUUUUGUAGUUGUUAAUAAUACUGUGUCAUUAACUUAUUUAAGCCACAAGUCAUUCAUUUGAGAAGAUAGCCUUAUUAAAAGUAUGUUUAUAUGACAAUAUGCAACAUACCAAGUAUGCAUUUCAGUAGCACUGCUGUUAAUUCAGCUACAUCUUAUCUUCUAGCAUUAUAAUAGCUUUUCACUACUAUGUUGCUUGUAAUAACUAUUGUGCACAGAUUUAUAAACACUAAGCAAUUAGUGAAGCAAUGGAAGAGAUGAAAGCUUAAACUUAAUGCUUAGUCUUAAAUUAGAGGUUUGGAAUUGUAUUUUAUAAGUCAGGUAACUGGAAAAUUUAUAAUUUAUUCAAUACUUUUAUAUUAUCUCUCAAAAUAAUUAUUGUGGUCGGUUGACCUAGACAAUAAAUCAAAUUUUUCGUAUUAUUUUGGAUUUUGUGGAUCUUAUGCUUGAUGUCUGAUGUAAAGAAAUAUGCAAGUGUUAUGAUCCUAUCAGGAUUUGUAUACAUGUAAAUAUUUGCAUUAGAUGGAAAGAAUAAAAGAAUUGAAGCCAGAGAAUUGAGCGAACAAAAGUUAAAUGUUAGAGCUGUUUUCUUGAUAGUAAUAUGCAUUUUAAAUGAUAUUGAUCAAUGUUACUGAGAUGGCUUUGUUGGUUUUUUAUAUUUCUAACCUGUCUUUUGGAAAACCUUAGGAAAAUUGGUUGAUUUUGAGGAAUGCAGCUACCACUUGUCUCAACUGUUGUGUAGUGUCUCUACUGCAUUGUGUAAUAUUGUUGGUACUAAAUGUUAAAUGUGAAUUUGAUAGUGAUCAGUCCUUAACAUGUAUUAGAAUAUUUUUUAAGUUGAUAUGUUACUGGGUUACUACAACAGGUGUGCUGAUCAGUUCAGUGAGAACUUUAAAUAUAUAUUUUUUCC